AUGGCAACAUCCGGUCAUAAAGGGUUAAAUAUAUUUUUAGGCGUUUGGCCGUUCGAUGAAAAUGCUAUGUGUCACAAGGUUGCUAAUAAUACCAGCAUAUAUCCGACGACUCAAUCCUCAAGUAUACAUCAUGUUCCAACAAAUAUCCUUCGGCCUCACCUCGUGUGUGCUACACCUUCAAUGUCAUCAAACUCAACAACAAUAUCCUGUUCUUCUCCUUCGCCAUCUUCUUCGCCAACUGUACUUACUAAUAAAUCUAUUGAUACAUCAACGAACAUCGAUCAACUGCCAUCAUCUUCAUCUUCUUUAUUGAAUCUGCUUGGUCCUGUUUCUACUUCUACUCAUACAACUUUUCAAUCAUUUGCACUUGAUCUAACGCUUAAUAUACGAUCCCAGAAAAGAAAACGUUCCACAGAUCAUGAAACAUUUCGCAAAUCACUUCGAGCUUCAGUCGCAGAAGGUGAUUAAUUAAUUGACAAGACAAAAAUCGCCUGUCUUUUCAUUAACAGAUAGCC